ACCUCGGAUGAAAAAUGUGUGAUACCAUACUCCAACACGUGAAACAUCUUAAAAACGUGUCCAUGUCCCUUAUGGGCCAUCGUAGAAAAUAAAGUGUCAUAAUAAUCUAGAGUUACUUCCCUUGUAAAAUUCCCAGAAUUAUGAUGCAACUGGGGUUUUCCGAACAAAAUAUGAAAUUAUUUGAAAACUACGACGCUGAAAGCUGUACAGAGUAGAGGGAGGACGAUCAAGGCAGAAACAUGAAUCAAAUAUCAAUGCAGAAAGAUUUAAGCCCAUCGUCUGGCCAUGGAGAAGCAUUCAACACACCCGCACAACCCCAGAGUAGACAACAUGACAGCGGCUUGGAGGCUUCUGAAACACAACAGAAUGAAAAACCAACAUCAAGCUUGGAUCUGGAUAAAACUGACUCCUCCCCAAAGACAGAUGAUAAGAAUGAUGAUGGACAAAGUUAUUCAUUCCCCAAACUCAGCAUUUCAAAAAUACAAAUUAACAUCAAAGACAGAGGAAAGAAAGCAGAAGAGAUUAUUUCAAACAUUACACAGUCAAGGGAAAAAAGUACACAUGGAGGAGAAACAACUAGAAAGAAGAGAAAAGACACGGAUGGAACAAUAAAUCCACAAGUUCUGACAUCUGAUGUAGGUGAUCCUGGUAUCUCUGAAUCACAAUCCACAGGAAGGGACAACAGUGAAGUUGGAACAGUCACCAACAGUCCACUUCCUGGUACAUCUCGGCAGUCAGUUAUGGAUCCCGCAGAUGAUAAUCAGAAUUUAUCCAAGACAACAUUGACAGAGCUUUCUUUAAUACAAAGAGUGUCUGACAGCUUAAAAAAACAUGAAUCUGGCUUUCAUGUUAAGGUGUUUGAGAUCAUAACACCCACAGUGAGUCAAAUGUUGCGUGCCAUCGAGUCAAUCACAAAACCCAGACAAUUAAGGCAUGUUAAUCAAACAAGAAGUUAUAUGAUUUUCUUUUACAGAGACAAGGGUGGUCCAGAAAUAUUUGUUGCUGGAUCGGGAAUGGCUUACACAUACGUUGAUCAGAGAAGUUGUCCAGAAUUUCCAAGGAAGAUAGCACGUAGACUAUUGGAACCAACAACGAUUCAGCUGGAUACAAGAAACGUGACAGGAGACACAUCACAAGUCAGGAAACAAUACAUUCCUGACAAAGGAGGAACCAUCAACGUUUGGGACAUCAUAGAAGUGGUUGUUCACAAGUACAUUGCCAAACCGAAAGACAUGGCAUCCAUCCUGCAGUUCUUCCAAAAAAGGCCAAGCAAAAAGCCAUCAAUUGCUAUUAAAAAAGUGUCUGUCGAGGUAAUCACAAGAUUCCCUGACAUUUUAGACAUACAGAAAAUUAUUUCUCACUUUGCAACUAUUGACAGAAAUGAGCCUACAUACUUGUUUGGUACCAGUCAAAACAAAGAAGAAGAUGACAAAACAUUUGCAAUGUUUGACUUGAUGCAGGAAGAACACAACAAGGAGAAAAUCAAGACGCUGCAGGAAAACAUGCACAGAAGAAUUGACAGAUAUAUCGAGAACCAAUCUGAAGAUGAUAUCCAACUCUCCUGUGAUGAUCUUGAUCUCUGGCUAAGGACAAGCGAAUGUAGACUUUUCCUUGAAACAACAUCAAAGUGGAAACCCAUAAAAAAAUGGAAGGAAUGUCUACCAAAUUUCAGAGAUGUAUUAAAGGCCUUAAAGGAACGCAACCAGUUAAUUUCUGAGAAAUUGCUGUCUAGUGACGUAAAGAUGUCCCUUCAUGAUGAUGCUGGAAAGACAAUGAAGAAAAAACAGCCUAUAACCAACUUCAUUCAAUCGCAUUUCGCAUCCUCCGAUUCAAAACCUUACUACUUUUGGUGUGGGAAAUGGCUGAAAAUAAAAGCGGAAUAUUUCCGAAUGCUGGAUGACAGUUUCAUGUCUAUCAUGAAAGAGCAAACAAUAGACUCCACAGACAUAAUGCCAUUGCCAUGGGUUUAUUCACACGCCAAGAAAACAUCUGAGAGCAAGAAAGCCGAGGAAACAUCUAAGAGCAAGAAAGCCAAGGAAACAUCUAAGGGCAAGAAAGCCGAGGAAACAUCUAAGGGCAAGAAAGCCGAGGAAUCAUCUGAGAGCAAGAAAGCCGAGGAAACAUCUAAGGGCAAGAAAGCCGAGGAAACAUCUAAGGGCAAGAAAGCCGAGGAAACAUCUAAGGGCAAGAAAGCCAAGGAAACAUCUAAGGGCAAGAAAGCCGAGGAAUCAUCUGAGAGCAAGAAAGCCGAGGAAACAUCUAAGGGCAAGAAAGCCGAGGAAACAUCUAAGGGCAAGAAAGCCGAGGAAACAUCUGAGAGCAAGAAAGCCGAGGAAACAUCUAAGGGAAAUAAAGCCGAGGAAACAUCUAAGGGCAAGAAAGCCGAGGAAACAUCUAAGGGCAAGAAAGCCGAGGAAACAUCUAAGGGCAAGAAAGCCGAGGAAUCAUCUGAGAGCAAGAAAGCCGAGGAAACAUCUAAGGGCAAGAAAGCCGAGGAAACAUCUAAGGGCAAGAAAGCCGAGGAAACAUCUAAGGGCAAGAAAGCCGAGGAAACAUCUAAGGGCAAGAAAGCCGAGGAAUCAUCUGAGAGCAAGAAAGCCGAGGAAACAUCUAAGGGCAAGAAAGCCGAGGAAACAUCUAAGGGCAAGAAAGCCGAGGAAACAUCUGAGAGCAAGAAAGCCGAGGAAACAUCUAAGGGAAAGAAAGCCGAGGAAACAUCUAAGGGCAAGAAAGCCGAGGAAACAUCUAAGGGCAAGAAAGCCGAGGAAACAUCUAAGGGAAAGAAAGCCGAGGAAACAUCUAAGGGCAAGAAAGCUGAGGAAACAUCUAAGGGCAAGAAAGCUGAGGAAACAUCUAAGGGCAAGAAAGCCGAGGAAACAUCUAAGGGCAAGAAAGUGAAAACAAAAAUAUUUGCACUGGAUACCCUUUGUCAGUUUCUGAGUGCUCUUCUGCCUGACCAGAAAAUUAAGUCAGAGGACAUGGAGGUGCUCUUGAAAUCUGUUGAUGGAGUUGAAGUUGAAAAGAAUGAAGCUGGCAUAUUGUGUACAUAUAAUCAAAGAGAAUAUGAAACAAAAGACCAGUUGAAAUCAUUUGUGCAGUUAUUUCUCACAAUGAACACCAGUCUGACAGAAGGUAUGUACAAUGACUCGUACAUCCUUUUGGACAAAAUCAUCAGCACGACAGGAAAGACAUCACAGACUGGGUUCCUUGUUGGAGACCGAAUAUGUAUGAAACACAUAGAAAUGUUUGAUAUAAUUAUGUACAAUCAGACACACACGUACAUUAUCCACGUCAAGGAAGGGUUUGACCAUAACACAAGAGUUGUUGCAUCACAGAUUCGAAACUCUGCAGAUAUCCUCUUUAGGGCACUGACAAGUCACAUGACCAAAACUGCUCUUGAAAAAAUGUGGGAAACCUUCACUAGAGAGCGGCAAAAUCCAUCAGGUUCAAAAUCACAACCCACUAUUGAUACGCUCGGAGAGAAAGAGGGAAUGAAGAAGAAUUAUCAAGCAAUGAAAUCAAAGCUAGACGAGAUGACAAAAGGGGGAUUCAUCAACCUCUUUAAAAAAAGGGAGAUUGUGUAUGUUUUGGCAGUACGUGACAAAGGUGAAGACAGGACAUUUGAGAUUGGUGAUGCAUUGGAGACACAGCUACAGAGAAAAUAUCCAGAUAGGUGUGAGACGAUAUUACAUCUCCUUGAGGAAAAAAUGUUUAUACAGAAGGCAAACAGUCAUUAUGUUGUCCCAGACAAGUUUAGACUUGUGACUAGUAAAGACCAAUUUGUCAGAAACAUGAUGGACGAUACCCCUGAUGAAGAAGACAACCGACUGGCCAACGAGGAGAAAAGAGAUGAUGUCGAUAGAAUCGUUUCCCCGACAGCUUCACGCACUGGAAGGCAAAGUGCAAGUGGUAAUUUGACCACAGGUUUUGAUAAACUUGAACCUCUCGUCAAAUAUACGGGUCAUGCCUCAAUAUCUGCUGAAAGUCCAGAAAGAAGACUUACUGGGACAGAGGAAGCUAGUCAUAGAAUCUCAGUCUUGGAAUCAUGUGCUGAUGAUUCCUCUGAAUCGGGGCUGACCAAUACAGAAAUUAGAAUGGAAGAAGGUUCCUCUGAAGAGGUUACUCACUCAGAUGUGAGUGAAUUAGACCCAACAGAGAACAUUAAAUCGCCUGCAGACUCAGCCAUCAGUCAAGUAUCAUACAACAAAGCUGAUGGACUUCUCUGGGGGGAGGUAUAUAAGAUUCUCAUGGAUCAGCUUCCGCAUACCAGAUCCUCCAUUGUUAAGUUAGACAUCUUAAGUCUCUUUAGUCAUUUCCGAAAAUAUCAGAUUGGGGAAAAAAGGUUCCAGCUCAAGGUUUGCUUUGUUCCUAAGUCCACCAAAACUUUCAGUAAAGAACUCAAAGGAUUUCUAGAACGGGGAUCGUUAAAAAAAUGACAAUCUACUUGCUGAGAAUAAAUUUCAAGUUACAUGAUGUAACAAUGAUACAGUGUGACUAUCAUCGACCAAUGACCUCAAGUCUCUGAUUAUGUCCAAAUUUAUUGAUUCUGACCCAGUGUACAUUGUAAAUUGAGAAUCAAUGGUACAUUUCAUAGAUAAGUCACUGCAAUGAAACUGUGACGCGUUUCAAAUGAGAGCCUGGAAGUGGCUUACUGUGACAGAAUCUUCCUGAAACAUUCCUUGAUAACAGCACAUGAAUGGACAGACGGAUGCCAACAGUUUCCACUUUGCACAGAGUUCAAUUAUGUUCUUAUAAUUGUUUCUUAAAGAGUUGGUAGAUCAGUUUUUCCCAAUAUGAUAAUUUUAAUAUGCUGUUAAGAAUUAUUUUCAUAAAAAGAGAACUUAUGGUAUUCAUUCUUAUGUUCAAGGACCGACCAUUUGAUAUUCUGGGUGGUGGUGGAGGGGGUUGAGAUAUUGUACUGAGACCAGAUACUUUCAGCUGCAGCUGUAAAACCAGAUAUUUAAAAAAAAUUAAUACUAUGAGCCAAAAUAUAUUUAUUUUCGAAAAAACACAUUUCAACAAUGUAAUUUUUGCAGCAAUUUCUUUCUUCCCAACAAUAUGGAGUAUAAUUAAUUCUUUCAAUAAUUUUCAGAGGGACAGCUCACACAACCCCCCCCCCCCCCCCC